AUGGUGAUGCUGGACUUACUGCAGGCGGGCGGGUCAGUGCUGGGGCAGGCUAUGGAGCAAGUAACGGGCGGCAACCUCCCAUCCAUGCUGCUCAUCGCCUGCGCCUUCACUCUCAGUCUGGUCUACCUACUCCGCCUCGCGGUUGGCCACCUGGCCCCACCACUGCCGGCUGGGGCGAAAAGUCCACCAUACAUUUUCUCUCCAAUUCCAUUCCUUGGACAUGCUAUAGCAUUUGGGAAAAGUCCAAUUGAAUUCCUAGAAGAUGCAUAUGAGAAGUAUGGACCUGUAUUUAGUUUUACCAUGGUGGGCAAGACGUUUACCUACCUGCUGGGGAGUGAGGCUGCUGCACUGCUUUUUAAUAGUAAAAACGAAGACUUGAAUGCCGAGGAUGUCUACAGCCGUCUGACAACACCUGUGUUUGGGAAGGGAGUUGCCUAUGAUGUGCCUAAUCCAGUUUUUUUGGAGCAGAAGAAAAUGUUGAAAAGUGGUCUUAACAUAGCCCACUUUAGACAGCACGUUUCUAUAAUUGAAAAAGAAACAAAAGAAUACUUUGAAAGUUGGGGAGAAAGUGGAGAAAAAAAUUUGUUUGAAGCUCUUUCUGAGCUCAUAAUUUUAACAGCCAGCCAUUGUUUACAUGGAAAGGAAAUCAGAAGUCAACUCAACAAGAAGGUGGCACAACUGUAUGCGGAUUUGGAUGGAGGUUUUAGCCACGCAGCCUGGCUUUUGCCAGGCUGGCUCCCUCUGCCUAGUUUCAGACGCAGGGACAGAGCUCAUCGGGAGAUCAAGAAUAUUUUCUACAAGGCAAUCCAGAAACGCAGAGAGUCAGGAGAAAAAAUUGAUGACAUUCUCCAAACUUUAUUAGAGUCUACUUACAAGGAUGGGCGUCCUCUGACGGAUGAUGAAGUAGCAGGCAUGCUUAUUGGACUGCUCUUGGCAGGGCAGCAUACUUCCUCCACUACCAGUGCCUGGAUGGGCUUCUUUUUGGCCAGAGACAAAACACUUCAAGAAAAAUGUUUCUUAGAACAGAAAACAGUCUGUGGCGAGAAUCUGCCUCCUCUGACUUAUGACCAGCUCAAGGAUCUCAAUUUACUUGAUCGCUGUAUAAAAGAAACAUUAAGACUUCGGCCUCCUAUAAUGACCAUGAUGAGACUGGCCAAAACUCCUCUGACUGUGGCAGGGUACACCAUUCCUCCAGGACAUCAGGUGUGUGUUUCUCCUACUGUCAAUCAGAGACUCAAAGACUCAUGGGUAGAGCGUCUGGACUUUAAUCCUGAUCGCUACUUAGAGGACAGUCUAGCAUCAGGAGAGAAGUUUGCUUAUGUGCCAUUUGGAGCUGGGCGUCAUCGUUGCAUUGGGGAGAAUUUUGCCUAUGUUCAAAUCAAGACAAUUUGGUCCACUAUGCUUCGUUUAUAUGAAUUUGAUCUCAUUGAUGGGUAUUUUCCCACUGUGAAUUAUACAACUAUGAUUCACACCCCUGAAAACCCAGUUAUCCGAUACAAACGAAGAUCAAAAUGA